CGGGCACUUGCGCAACAGCCCCUCGCCUCGGCUUUGGUUUGCUUGGAAGACCUGGCGACCGCUCGUGGGAACGGGGCAAACCACUGCGCCCCUCCCCGCCCCCGCUUCGUACCGAGACCCGCGGUACAGCUGGGCCCCCGCGGCGUGGCGAGAGGCUGGUGGAGGGGCGAUCUACCCACUACAGACCUGCAGAGAUGGCGUGCCCUCUGGAUCAGGCCAUCGGGCUCUUGGUUUGCACUUUCCACAAGUACUCGGGAAAGGAAGGGGACAGGAACACGCUGAGCAAGAAGGAGCUGAAGGAGCUAAUCCAGAAGGAGCUGACCCUCGGGUCGAAACUGAAGGAUGCUGAAAUUGUUGGGCUCAUGGAGGACCUGGACCAGAACAAGGACCAGGAAGUCAACUUCCAGGAGUACCUCACUUUCCUAGGUGCCCUGUCCAUGAUUUACAACGAUGCUUUGAAGGCGCAUAAGAAGUAGACAGGUCGAAGCAGCAGGCCCAGCAUGCUGGGGAGUGGGCCCCGAAAGGUCACGGCGUAGCCAAUAAAAUUUUGUUUUGUA